AGCAGCGGCCAUGUCCAUAGCGCAUGACGUGCUAUUCUCCCAAAUGGCAGCUGCAGAACCUUGGCCAGAAAAUGCAAUGCUGUAUCAACCACUGAAGGGGGAACAGAUCUUGCUGUCAGACAAUGCUUCAUGUCUUGCUGUUCAGGCAUUUCUGCGGAUAUGCAAUCUGUCAGUCCAGGUGGUUCACCGGGCAAAUGCGGAGUACAUGUCCCCAUCUGGCAAGCCUCCCUUUAUACAUGUGGGAAAUCACGUUGUUUCAGAACUUGGUCCCAUAGUCCAGUUUGCAAAAGCAAAGGGCCAUUCACUUAGUGAGGGGCUGGAUGAAGUUCAAAAAGCUGAGAUGAAAGCCUACAUGGAACUGGUGAAUAAUAUGCUUUUGACAGCUGAGCUUUACAUACAGUGGUGUGAUGACAGCACUUCAUCCAAGAUAACUCGAUCUAGAUAUGGCUCUCCCUACCCUUGGCCUCUUAACCAUAUCCUGGCCUAUCAAAAACAAUGGGAAAUAAGACGCAAGAUGAAAGCCAUUGGAUGGGCUGGGAAGAACCUUGAACAGGUCUAUGAAGAUGUGGAUCAGUGCUGUCAAGCUCUUUCUCAAAGACUUGGGAACCAGUCCUAUUUCUUCAACCGACAGCCAACAGAACUGGAUGCACUGGUGUUUGGCCAUCUGUUCACAAUCCUUACAACUCAGCUUACCAAUGACGCACUAAGUGAAAAAGUGAAGAAUUAUGAAAACCUUGUAAAGUUUUGUCGAAGAGUAGAGCAAAACUACUUUGAAGAACUUGACCACGAGAGUAGACUCAGUCCCACUUCCAGGAGCUUGAGAGAUACUCCGCCGAAAUAAACACACAAUGGACAAAAAAAGCUUUCACAAGACGAGAGGAGAUGAAUUCUUUUGGAAGCAAAUCACUAUAGUGUGGCAGCAAGUUUCAAAAGAGCAAACUGAAAGUACUAAAACCGCCACCUGCCAGAUUUUGUGUGGUAAACAGUAUCGCAAGAGAUAGGAAUAUAACAUUUUGCGGGUGACACUAAUUAUUAAAAUGGCCAACCAGUACUUUUCCAUUUAAUGCAAAUUUAAUGAGCCGUUCGAUGAAAUUGUAUCCACUUAAAGUACAUUAAAUGAUAAUGCAG